CUGGGCGUGAGGCCUGAGAGUCGGGCCGGAUCUGAAAGAAGGCCGCUUCUCCGGGUUUUACUAGCAACUUGAGGAAGAGUAAGGAAAGUGCUGGGGAGGCUGUCAGCUACAACCAGUCGGCUUCAGUUUCUCUUGUUCACAGGGUACUUCGUGCAGAGGCCUCGCACCUGGCACUUCAGAUCAGAGUGCUUAGUGAGAAAUGGCUGCAUUGACACCUCAGCUUGGUGGGCCGGGCUGUGUGUGGAAGUGCUUCCCCUGACACUCGGAGUAUGUGCAUGAGGCUAUGUUACGUGCACUUUUGUCGCCAACCAACACCACAGCUACAGAACUAUUCAAGUCUUUGAAUGAUUCCAUAUCAGGAAAACCGAACUGGUCAUUUUGUGCCGGUAUAUGCACAGAUGGAGUGGCUACCAUGACUGGACGGCUUUCUGAUUUCACUGCUCGGGUCAAAGAGGUCGCUUCUGAAUGUGAGUCUACGCACUGUGUCAUCCAUAGAGAAAUGCUGGCUAGCCGAAAAAUGACACCUGAACUUAACAGUGUUUUGCAGGAUGUGAUUAAAAUUAUCAACCACAUUAAAGUACAUGCCCUUAACUCACAUCUGUUUGUGCAGCUCUGUGAGGAGAUGGACACAGAUCACACAUGUGUUCUCUUAUACACAGAAGUGAGAUGGCUUUCUAAAGGCAGAUCACUGGCCAGAGUUUUUGAGUUACGAGAGCUGCUCCAAAGAUUUAUUUUAGAAAAAGUCACCACCGGCAGCACAUUUCAAUGACACAGAAUGGGUUGCAAAACUUGCUUACUUGGACUUCCCUGGUGGUGCGGUGGUUAAGAAUCUGCCUGCCAAUCCAGGCGACACAGGUUCGAUCCUUGGUCCAGGAAGAUCCCACAUAUCACAGAGCAACUAAGCCCGUAUGCCACAACUACUGAGCUUUCACUCUAGAGCCCUCAAACCACAACUACUGAGCCCGCAAGCCACAACUACUAAAGCCCUCGUGCCUAGAGCCUGUGCUCUGCAACAAGAGAAGCCAUAGCAAUGAGAAGCCCGCAGACCACAAUGAAGGGUAGCCCCCGCUUGCCGCAACUAGAGAAAGCCUGCGUGCAGCAACCAAGACCUAAUGCAGCCGAAAAAAUUAAAAUUAAAAAAAAUAAAAUAAAAAACGUGCUUACUUGUGUGACCUAUUCAACCGGCUCAAUGAACUAGCUGCAUUCAAAGCCAAACUGGAAUUAUGGGGACGACGAGUGAACACUGGGAUAUUUGACAUUUCAAACAUUUGCAGAGAUUUUGAAAGGGACUGAGCCAGGGCCUUCUUUCUCCUAGCUGGUGCAUGAUCACCUGUCUCAGCUUUCAAAGGAGUUUGAGGAUUACUUCCCAACCGCAAAAGACCCCGGAACUGGGAGGGAAUGGAUCCGCAACCCAUUUCUGAAUAAGCCAGGUGAAGCAACUUUGUCCAUGCUAGAAGAGGAUCAACUGCUUGAGAUCACAAAUGACGGUGGCCUUAAAAGUAUGUGUGAGACAACUUCAAAUCUCCAUGUGUUCUGGAUUAAAGUCCAGGUGGAAUAUCCUGAGAUUGCCACAAAAGCAUUGAAAAGCCUGCCUCCAUUUCCAACAUCCUGUCUUUGUGAAGCAGGGUUUUCUGCAGUGACAGCAACGAGAACAAGAUUACAGAGUAGACUGGACCUAAGCAACACACUUCGGGUGUCACUGUCUCCCAUCACCCCCAGAUGGGACCAUCUAGUUGCAGGAAAACAAGCUCAGGGCUCCCACUGAUUCUGCAUUAUGGCAGCAUGAUGUAGUGGAAAGAAUACGAGAUUCUGGAAUUAGAAAAACUGGGCAUGAGUCCCAGACUCUGCACUAUCAGCUGUGUGACCUUGGGUGUACAGCCAUUUCUCAGCCAUAAAAAAAGAACGAAAUAACGCCAUUUGCAGCAACAUGGAUGGACCUGGAGAUUAUCAUACUGAGUGAAAGAGUAUCUCCAAUAUGAGAGAUGCUGUGCUAGACAUGACCCGGGCCAUACAUCCUAUGGAGGAGUAUCACUUCAUAUUGUCCAGCAGCUCAAGAACCAGGAGGUUGACUAUCAUUGGUGCAGAGGUUGAAUAAGUCAUGCUUCAAGACGCCAUAGCCUGAGACAGCACCAACACCUGUGAACAAGGUGGAGACCAUCUCUGGAAGCUCUGGGUCUUGCCUCUGGAUGGAGGUUUACAUUGCACUAGAAGCGAAGUGCCCAGGGAAUUGUGUUGGAUCCUUACUGGAAGGCAGCAUGUCCAAUUUUACCUUGAGAAAAACAUCUCCCACAGGAAAUGAUAUGAAGAGUACCACUCAGGGGACUACACUGAAGCAACAGGGUUUUCACAAUGUGAACAAAAGAAGGACUCUCUUACAGGAUAACAGCUGGAUAAAGGAACGUCCUGAAGAAGAAAAAUAUGAAAAUUAUGGUAAGGUGGUACGCCAUAGACGUAACUCCCAUGAUGCCUCAGACAGGAAAACAAACGAGAGGGAUGAGCCAAAAGCCACAAUCAGUUGGCACAGAUCUGGUGACACUUUGGACAGGAUCUCAGACAGAAAUGAUGCUGCCAAAACAUAUAAGGCCAAUACCCUGGAUAACCGAGUAACCAAUAGAAACAUGUCCACGUUUCGCUCACCGGAAGAGACAAAGAUGCAACCUGGAGGUUUGUUCAGUGCAAAUGCCACCAACACCCCAGCUUCCAACUCUGCUACUACUCCUGUAAAGAAAAAGAGACAGUCCUGGUUUCCACCGCCCCCUCCAGGUUAUAAGACCGCCCCAAGCACAGGAGCGAGCACAAGGGAACCAACUGUUCACCCUCCAAUACCUCCAAAGCCCAGUUCUCCUGUUUCAUCUCCUAACCAGCUGAGGCGGGAUAACAGGCAGAUAUGUCCACCUAAACCAAGUGCAUAUACAGAAACCAGCAGAUCUGCUGAAAGAAAUAUAAGGGGUCAGGAUCUUGAAAACAUCGUCAAAGUGGCCACUUCAUUUCAGAAAGCUGACAAGGGUGAAGACUUAGAUAAUCUCAACAAAAUGAACAAAAGCUUGAAUAGACCCAAAAGCCUUGAAAAUCUCAUUGUUGUGAAUACCCAGACAGACAAAGAUGGCAAAGGAGGUGAAGACCUUGAUAAUGUUAUCAAAGUGAAUCCCAAAGAAAGUGAAAACACCACUGGGAAAGAAGACCUCAAUGGGCUUAUUAAAGAGAAUCCUGAAACAAAUAAAAAUAUCAAGGGGGGCCAGAGCCUUGACAAUCUCAUCAAAGUGACCCCUGAAGUGAACAGAAGUAACCCAGGGGGCCAAAGUCUUGACAAUCUCAUCAAAGUGGCUCCAGAAAUAAACAGAACUAACCAAGGGAACCAGGAUCUGAACCAUCUUAUCAAAGUGACUCCCUCAGCAAAAAAAAGCAGUGAACAAGAUCUUGAUGAACUUAUUAACGUAAGCCCCAAAGCUGUCAAAAACACAGCCGGAAAUCAAGAUCUUGAUAAGCUCAUCAAAGUGAAUCCUGAAACUCUCUCCAACAACCAAAGAAACCAGGAUCUCAAUAACCUCAUCAAAGUGAAUCCUGAAGUAAUCAGAAGCAAUCAAAGCCAAGCUUUGGACAAUCUUAUUGAAGUGAAACCUUCACCUCUCAGAAAUACUAAGCGAGACCAGGACCUAGAAAAUUUAAUUGAAGUAAAUUCCAGUAUGUCUAAGAGUAAAAAUGAAAGGCAAGAUGGCCAAGUUAGUGGGUCUACUGAGGCUUUAAUCAGCCCAUCUUCUAGAACCACUGCCUACUCUUACGAAGCACUGAAGACGCUCAGCUCCAAUGCUGAAACCAGGCAUGCAGGACCAAAGGAUACUGUUGUGUACACAAGGACGUAUGCGGAGAAUAGUAAAUCACCAAAGGAUAGAUAUCAGGAGAGUAUCUCUGAAAAAUACAUACAAACCAUUUAUUCGACUUCAGAUAAGUCUGUCAUUGAAAUGGAUAUGUGCACUUACUGUCGAAAACCCUUGGGCACAGAAGCUAAGAUGAUUUUAAAUGAAUUACAAAUUUGCUGCCAUUCCACUUGCUUCAAGUGUGAAAUAUGCAAACAACCUUUGGAAAACCUACAAGCCGGUGACAGUGUUUGGAUUUAUAAACAGACAAUACAUUGUGAAUCUUGCUACUCUCAAGUUGUAGCAAAGUGGAUUCAGUAAUUCUGGCACAUGAAAAUCAAGAUGAAAGCAUUCACUAAGGAGUUAAAAUUUUUAUUGUAAGAACAUAUAAUCUAGAAAAGCUUUUACACCAAAGAUUGACUCUGGUAUAGAAUUAACAACUCUGCUAUUGCAUAAAUAAUCUAAUUGCCUCCACUAAGGUCACAUACAUAAAGGGAACCAUCUGGUAUCUGGUUAGAUUUAGAGAUCAAAAAUUCAAGUGGUUCUAGCACCCAGUGUCAAAGGAAGCAUGCUUCUGAUGGCAGUGAGCAUUGCCAGCCUUCACCAGGUCCAUCUCUGCUCAGUAUUAGGCUGUGUGUCACGGUUUCCAUUAUAGACAAAUUUACCAUCUUCUCACCUUUGUUUCCCUAAGAAUUUGGAUUUACAGACGUUAUUGAAGUCUUGAUAAAACUGUCAUGGGAGCAAGAUAUGUUUCAUUUAUGUACAAAAGUAAUGUUGAUAGAAAUUUUGGCAGAAAGAUGUUAACGUAUAAAGUUGUAUGGACCUCAGAAAAUCACUUAAACCUUUCAGAUUUCUGUGCUAUUAUCUGUAACAUGAGGGCCAAUGGACAAAAUGAUUUCUAAGGUCGCUUUCUGCUCCAAAAUUAUCAGAUUCUAAAGCAAGUUUUUGUUUGCUCUUUAGAAACAUACCUGAAUCUGUGUUUGUUAGGCCUAUUGAACUAGAUAGGAUAUCUGAACAAUUUAACCUUGGUAUCAUCCUUCAGUUUAUCACUGAUACAAGUUUUAUAGAAUGUGUUUUAAAAACAGAAAGACCUGCAUUUAUGGGUAAUGGGUAAAAUCAUAUGACAUGGUGUUUACGUAAUUUGUCAGGUUUUCUUUGCAUGCAUUUCAAAAUCUGGAUUCAUAAAUUAUCUAUGAGAAAUAAUGAAAGUUAUGGACUACAAAGACAUGUUCUUUCGCAUGCUGUAUCUAUUCCUAUUACAUAGCACUUUAUAUUUACAGAUGGCUUAUAAAAAUAAAUGAACUGUCAGUUAUACAGAAUCUUCUUGUACAGUGUCUAUAAAUAUUACUCACUGACAUUGAUAUGUCAGUUAUAUGAUCAUAAUUUAUUAUAUUCUGUGCCAUGCUGCUUAAAGUAAUUUUUUAACUGCUCAAUCUAUAACUUUGAUUUUUAAAGAGCUUUUUCUUAAGGAAUUGAAAAUUCAGUAAUCUUGUGAGGAACUAUUAUUAUUAUUAAAAUUGAGACAUUGCACUUAUAAACUACUUUAUAUGCACAUAGCAAUUGCUUCUCAAAGGAAAGCAUAUGGAACAUUGAGAGAGGGUGGAAUUCUAAGGGAGUUUAAGGCAGUUGUAAAAAACUGACAAACUAGGGAGAUUAAAAGAUAAUCAUGUAUUUUCUAAAUGUUGAUAAAUGUAGAGUUAUUCUUCUGUAUAAUGAUUUCAAGCAUCUGUUCCUCUUAGACACUGGUCCACAAAGUGUUAAGCACUAAUGCUUAUUAAAAUACAGAAAUGUGUAAUCAUUGUCCUAUGGAGAGGGAGCCAGAAAAAACAAUUAAUAAUAAUUUGAUAUUCAUUAAUUCAUGCUUGAUGAGAAGCGGUGGUAAUUGAGCCAUAUGUUUUAUUGUUCUCUUAUUACAUGCUAUCAGACUGGAUCAAAAGAAAUAAUUUUCUUAGAGUUGGAAUUUGUGGCAGGAAAGGACGAAUGAAAUAGUAUCCCUCUCUUUUAUAUAAAGUAUAUUAACAUCUCAAUGCCUUUGUGGUAAUUAAAAAUCAUUUGAAUAUCAUUUUUAAAGGAUUCUACUGUUGAAUGCUUAAUUUAAAAAAAAACCUAAAAGGAACGUAAUUCUCACUUUUCUGUAGCUGUUUAAUGGACCCUUUCUUCUACAAUAAUGUAUUAAAUUAAACCAAAAGCUGUUGUAAAAAUGGAAUAAAUACAGAGUGGAGAGAGAAGGGCUUCUGAUUUACCAAGUCCGCCUCAUCAUGUCUGGGAUUACUUGCACCAUAGGAAUGACAGAUUCCUAAAACAGUUCGUAAGAUCUCAUUUUUUCUUUUUUUGCAGCUAACUAAUUAUGCUAUGAUUGGCAUACUUUUCCUGGACACAACUGCCUAAAUCUCAGAAUACCAGGCCCUGAAUUCUAUUACAAAUGAAGAGAUGUCUCUAAAAAAUAAUUUAUCGCUCCACUAUGAGAGUAUCCUUCCAAAAAGCAAAACAAAGAUAUAUCUAGUAAUCUUGGAAAUAGAAUUUGUUAAAAACCUUUUUUCUUUUACUAAGGCCAAGAAAUAAAAAUUUAUUCAAGAAGUAAUCUAUGCAUCCUUAAUUGUUUGAUUGCAAUCACUCCUAUAAUUAGAUAGGAGUGAUGAGACAGUCCAGUUCUCACUGCUGGGGCAUUCUCUGACUUGUUUAUUAUGGUAGAAAAUCAUGAGUGUUUGGAACAUUUUCCUAUUCAGCUUGAUUCAGAGCUCUACCAAAACAAGUGACCGUUUGGUCUACGUAGAGGCAAACUUACCAUGAUGAUGUUGAUUUUUUUGUUGUUGUAGUUGUUACUACUGAAUAUACUGGUUAUUUGGUACAAUGUAAAUAAAUUGUUUUUAGCAUUCCACCUAUUCCAUAGCACUCAACAGUUCCCAGAGGCACCCAUAAAUAUCUGUAUUAACUUGGAUAGGCCAUUUCCCUCAUGGGUCAAUUUCCUGCUACUUAAAAGGUGGGAUUGAGAACAUUGGCUUGCUAUUGUACCCACCAGUGCAAACACUGCAAGAAUCUAUGAAUCUAUUCCUGCUGCUUACCCCAUUCUUAGAUUAUCUCUUUUGUUAGAUGCCUAAGAGUUGGUGAAUGUUUUGAAUGUGCUGCAGAAUUGCAUGUUAACUUUGUCACAACACAAAGUGAAUUCUGGAUCGUGUUUACUGGAUCUUUGUCCUGCCAUUUGAGACGUAUGGCUUCUGAGAUAGUACUGAAAUGUUCAGAUGUCUCCUGAGUUAGGUAAUAGUUUCCGUUUUUUCACUAGAAGAGAGGAAACUGAUCAUUAUCAUUGCCUUAUAAAUGUCAUCUGGGAAAGAUAUUUUAACUUCAUUGCCUCUUUGAAACAUUCUUCUCAUUAAUACAUUGAAAUGCCCAAUCAUUCUAGACUCUGUAGGAAAAAAUGCAUUGUUCAUAAUCUACUGUCACUCAUUCAUUCACUCAUUCAUUUGUUCUGUUAUACAAUAAUUUAAAAAUCUUCAUUGAGAAACUGUGUUCCAGAUCUGAGUGAUAACAAAAAUAACCAAGGCUCCUGCCCUCAUGGAACUUAAAUUCUAAAGGAAGGGUGGAGGCACAGUUUGAAAGACAAAAAAUAAAUAAACACAAUAAUUUCUGAAAGUAAAUAAGACCAGGAAGGAAAUAAAGUGCAGCGACUAGGUCAAGGGGUAGUAUUUAAAAAUAAUGUUGUCAGAUGAUAUUUCAAAUAAGAGCUGAAUGAUGAGAAGGAACCAGGCUGGGGAAAAGCACUCCAGGAGGAGACGUUUUAGGAUCAGCCAAAAUCAGACCACUUUCUGGACUAAAUGUGUCCGUGCUUCUCUUAAACACGAGAUAGAAGUUCACAGAUGCCAAGAGACAGAGAAUAGUCAAAGCAUUUUUAAGCUUCCUCUAUUCCUCACGCAAAACAAUAUUCAGAUAUUACCUAGAUAGCUUUCAGCUCUCUGCCAAUGGGUGGGUUACAGCAAAUGGCUACUUUGUCCUGGUCCUCAGGCUGAAGUUGCUCACUUCGAUAAAGGAGUGACUUUGUCAAAGGUGGUUCUGAACCAGCGUUCACCUGAAGUAGAAACAAUGGACCAGGCAUGACGUUUCCUCGCCUCAUUUGAGGCAGCACUCAGGAUCAAAUUCCUUUCUGUUUUCCAAAUAGAAACAGUAAACAAUUAGGCUACAUAAUUUCAGAUCUAGAAGAGACUUCCCACAGGAAUUUUAUGAAUGUUACAUGUUCUUGUCCUUUGUUGCAAUAUGAAUAAUGUAUCUGGUGGAAAGGAACAUUUAGAUAUUGAUAUAACUUUCUUGACAGGCACAAUUUGUUAAUUUUAUCUCCUUUCCCAGGAGAAAAGGAAAGAUCAUGAACUUCAAGGAUCCUUCAGGCCCAUAAAGGCAAACUGGAUUGAAAGUCUCCCACAAGAAAGUGUUUAGUCCCUAAGGCAAGUGCAGCUUUGAUGUGAUUUAAAGAGAUCACAGAAAGAUUGCCAGGAGGCUGGAAUUAGUGAACACAAAGCGAUGAGGUUGAAGAAGCAGGCAAGAUACAGGCCAUGGUUGUUUCAUAAUGGAUUAUUAAAAAUAUAGAUUAUCAAAUGAAUGGUGGCAUUUCAUAAAA